AUGGGGAUUUGCGCUUCAUAAAGUAGUAAAAAAUAAUAAUAGUAAAAAUAAUAACUAAAAAUUGUACUACCUAACAAACCUUCAUAAGAAAAGAAUCUGGAACCUUAAAAUCUGAAUUAAUCUAAAAAAGAAUAAUCACCCUAAAAUAGUCAACCAAGUUAGCAUAGUUAGAAAAGUAUUCAUACACCUGGAGUAAUUUCUGAGGAAAAGAGAUAAUCAGUACAAUCUCAUGGUUUAUCUAAAAAAGGUCAAAGAUCAAUAGCAGGAAAAUUUCAAAAAUCUCCUUCAUAAAGAUCACUAUCUUAAAGAUCAUUAAGUAAUUGCAGUUCUCCUCUUAGAGGAUCUGUUAUUCAAGGAGUUUAAUUUUUUAGUACAAAUGCAUCCAAAAAAUACUCAUUUAUGCAUAAGAAAGAAUCACAAAUGAAUGUAUCAAUUUUAUACUGAAUAUUCCUAGUAAGAGUUAUCAUUUGUUCAGAAUAAUAAAACUGGUAUAAAGGCACGAUUAGAAAUUCUUUCUAAGGAAGAAUAAGACAGCAUAAAAUUCAUUUAUUGGCUUAAAUCUAAUUAAUUAGUAUUUUAUUUUUUUAAUUCAAAGGAACACGAAAAUAUACUAAAAAAUUUAGAAGUCCAUCAAGAUAAUACCUCUUAUCAAUUAAUCUAUGAAUAUUUUGAUGGUCCCAAAUUAUCACGACUUCCAAACUCAAUUGAUAUUUCAGAAAAAAUUUUAGCAAAUAUUGCUGACCAAAUGUUUUCAGUUCUUGCUUAUUUAAAAAAUUAAUAAAUGGUUCAUGGAAAUAUGACUAUUAAUAGUUGGGAAUAUUAAUUUCAAUAGGAAUAAGUAAUCGUUAAACUAAUUGACGUCAAACCUAUAUCAGUUAAAUGUGUUGAUGAAUUGGAAAUUUUAGAAUUUACUCCACCAGAUGUACUCUAUAAAGAUGAAUAUUCACCAACAAGAGACUUAUGGGCUGUAAUGAUGAUUUUGUACACUCUUGGUAAAGGUGAAGUACCAUAUAAAAUACCUACUAAAUUAUAUAAUGAUAUUCCAUCUGUAAAAUAACAUAUUUUACACUAUUAAUUUGAUGUUGAUUAAGAUUUAAAGAAAUGGUCAGCUGAAUUUAGAUAUUUUAUUUCAUCGGUUAUAGGAGAGAAGAAUAAAAAAAGAAGAAAGACUUUUGAAGAAUUAAAAAAUAGUGAAUGGUUAAAAAAUUACAGAUAAGUUGAGAUUCCAAUUUAAGAAAGAUUAUUAUUAAAUAUGAUGGAUUAAAAAGAAAGUUGUGAAUUGUAAUAAGCAAUAAUAGAGAUAAUGGUAUAAGAAUUGGAAUAAGAAACAGCAAUUUAAUUACAAAAACUAUUUGGAGAGUUUGAUUAAGAUUUAGAUUUGAAACUAAGUAAAGAAGAAUUAAUAAAAAUGUUUUAAAAAUAUACAAAAUUAAGUGAUAUAGAAUUUCGUAUAAAUCAAAUAUUCAUAGAUCAUUAGAUAAAAUCAGAUUUUAUGGCAUAGUUUACAUUUUUAUCUUUGGCAGCUCCAAAAGAAUAAUUGUUAACUAGAAUGAAUCUUGAAACUACUUUUAAUCUUUUAAGUAAUAAUAAAGCUGAGAUAAAGUCAGGAAGUAUUACAAAAUAUCUUAAUGUAAUUAAUGAGGACUUGGAAGCAUAAUUUAAUGAAUUGGCUCCAGAAUAAAAAGUAAAAAAAUAAAAUAUAAAUAAUAGCUUACUUUAGAGUAAUUCAUAAGUGUUAUGGAAUUAUUAAAGUGCUAAAAAUGA